AUGAGCGAAGUUUCCUCCACCCGUCUCUAUCUCGGCAAUCUGCCCCGUAAUGUCAAUAAACAGGACAUCGAAGAGCAUUUCGGCUCCCACGGCACCGGAAAGAUAACUGAGAUUAAGCUGAUGCAAGGCUUUGGCUUUAUCGAAUACGAGGAUGCUAUGGAUGCAAAAGAUGUCGUUCCUGCUUUCCAUGGUACCGACUUCAAAGGUGAACGGCUCACGGUGCAAUUUGCACGUGGGCCACGGCGUAGAGAGCCAUUCCCUGGGCCUCCCGAACGGUCUGCUGCUCCUCGUCCACGACGAACAAUAUACCGUAUGCAGAUAACUGGAUUGCCUGAAACCAGUUGGCAGGAUCUCAAGGAUUUCGCCCGCCAGUCAGGACUCGACGUCGUCUACUCUGAAACCCGUGACCGUGACGGGAAAGGAUUUGUUGAAUUCGAAAAUGGCAACGACCUCCGGACUGCCGUCGAGAAAUUGGAUGGCACAGACUUCAAAGGCUCCCGAGUGACCUGCACUGCGGACAUUCAACCCCCCAUGGAGGACCGUGUGCCCAGGGAUCCAUACCGUUCCCGCUCUCCUCGCCGUGGCCCUCCAUAUCCGCCAGUUGAUGACUAUGACAGACGAGGCCCACCCAGGGGCUACAGCCCUCGUGGCCAUUACCGUGAGCGCUCUCCUCACGGACGCCGUGACUACUAUGACCGUGACGGAUACGGGCGCCGCUCGCCUCCUCGCGCGCGUGUAGAUGACUACCCGCCACCACGCCGCCCAUACGAUGACCCGUAUGACAUGCGCGGCGGUGGUCCUCCCCGUCACUAUGACGACCCUUACAUGCCUCGUGGGGCUCCAUUUGGAGGUCGGCCACGCAGCCCACCUCGUGGGGAUUAUGGAGGCUAUGACCGCCGGGGCGGAUACUGGUAG